ACAAUUCCGUACGUUUCCCUUUUCAGCGGCAACAAUCCGCGGCCGCAGCGCGCGGCGCCGGCCAAAAAGGCAAAACACCCAACAGACUGGCGGAAGCUCUCCCCGUCGCCGCCGCUGCCAUGGCGCAGGAUCAUCGGACUAUCAGGGUGGCGAGGGACGAAGAUUUGCGGUCGCAGAUUGGGAGCGGGGGCUUCUAUUUUGAUCUCGUCGACUUCGACAGAGUGAGGGCUUUCCAGGUCCCGGUUGACACCACCGUAAUCCUUUUCAUGGAGGAACUUGCAAAAGAACUUGGUACCCCUGUUAAGUUUCAACGCCUCUGGUUGUGCCAGCGACGGCAAAACGGGACACGCCGCCCUAGCAGGCCAUUGAAUUCCAAAGAAAAGAAACUAUCUAUCGGAAGGGUUUUUUCGGCUGAUGUGAAGCUGUUUUUGGAGGUGCUCAAUCCUUGUUCUCCACGAAAUCUAAACAAGGAAUAUCUAUUGGUGUUUUUAAAGUUCUAUGACCCAGAACAAACACAGCUACGAUAUAUCGGAACACUGUUUGUGAGUUCUUCAUCCAGGCCUUUAGAUAUUCUCCCAAAACUAAGAAGUUUAACUGGUUUUUGUGCAGACGAGGAAAUGGAAUUGUAUGAGGAAGUCAAAUUCGAACCAAAUGUGAUGUGUGAAGCCUUAGACAUUCAUCAUACCUUUACAGUCAACCAGAUUCAAAAUGGGGACAUCAUCUGCUUCCAGAAAAGACCCAAGCCAUGCAACCAGCAUUUAUACCCUACUGUUAAAUUGUUCCUCGAACAUGUUCAUGAACUGACGAAAGAAGGAAGGAAGAUAUGUGCUCUAGAAGAGGAGAUUGUUGAAUUCAGACGUCUUUCUGAUCUUAAUAUAGCUGCAAAAUUGGAAUGUACUCAGUUGAGACAUGAACGAGACAGUGCAAUGCGACAGGCGGAUGAGUUUAGGGGUCAGAAUGAUUUAUUUCGCCUUCAAAUAGAAGAGGCAAAAAAAGAGUGUAACCAGUUGAGACAUGAACGAGACAAUGCAAUGCAACAGGUGGACGGGUUUCGGGGUCAGAAUGAUUUAGUUCGCCUUCAAAUAGAAGAGGCAAAAAAAGAGUGUAAUCAGUUGAGAGAUGAACGAGACAAUGCAGUGCGACAGAUAGAUGCAUUACUGAAUCAGAAUACUGUGGGUCGCCGCCAAAUAGAAGAGGCAAACAUGGAGCAUUUCAAGGAUCUGUGCAAGAUCGAGGAAAAUGAAUAUGGAUGUGUGUAUAAAGGCAUUAUAAACAACACUACGGUAGCAAUCAAGCUGUCCAAAUCCGAGAGUUUGUUUCAACAAGAGGUCUCUGUUCUUCGUCAAGGAGGGAGACAUGCAGACAUUGUCACCUUUGUUGGAAUGUGCUCUGAAGCUUUGGCUCUUGUGUACGAGUGGUUACCUAAGGGAAACCUUGAAGACCGCAUUGUGUGUGCCGAUGACACUCCACCUCUAUCAUGGCACACCUGUACGCAGAUCAUUGGUGAGGUUUGCUGCACACUUCUCUUCCUUCAUUCACACAAGCCUAAUGCUUUGGUCCACGGCGAUCUCCGGCCUUGCAACAUCCUCAUCGGUGCCAACUACAGAAGCAAGCUCUACAACUUUGGCAUGUCCACCUUAUGUCUCCAGCCUGGCAGCUGUCCACCAAACCUAACGGCAAGGCUUCCAUACAUGGAUCCGGAGUUCCUCACCAUUGGGGACCUCACACCCCUUUCUGAUGUCUACUCACUGGGUGUUAUUAUCCUUCGCCUUUUGACUGGAAUGCCCCCUUUGGCUAUCGCCAAAAAAGUUAGAGAAGCAUUUCAAAGUGAUAACCUGCACUUGCUGAUAAAUAAAUCAGCCGGGGACUGGCCUUACACGCAAGCCAAGCAGUUAGCACUCCUUGGCCUUAGGUGUGUUGAAAUGACGAGGGAAAUGCGGCCUCAUCUGACUGAGGUUUGGACCGUUGUUGAGUCCCUCGUCAGAAAGCCUCCUGCAUCCUCAUGCCCUGCCCACUUCAUUUGUCCAAUCCUCCAGGAGAUCAUGAACGAUCCUCAAAUGGCAUCUGAUGGAUUCACCUAUGAAGCGGAAGCCAUAAGACGCUGGCUUGAUGGCGGGAGCAAUAGGUCUCCAAUGACCAACUUGGCACUUCCAGAUCGUGUUCUCAUCCCUAAUCGCGCACUCCGUUCUUCCAUCCAGGAGUACCUUCAGGCCUCAGUGGCCGAGGCAGUCAGGUCCCUGAACCUCAAACUAUGAUGAUGCCCUGGAUAUGAUUUGCCGCAUACUGUCUUGUAAAUCUCGUGGCCACCUUAGAUAACCUUGUUAGUGUGUUUGUUCCCUUUCUGCAGUGAAUUUGCAUUUUAGACAGAACAAGGGGAUUCGUUUGAGAAACGAAAGGCAUCACAAGAGCAUCUCCAAUAGCCUUUGUAUAUUUGUACUCACUUGCUAUUUUACAAAUCUUGGUCAAAAAACCUUCUUCAA